ACCACGGCCAUUCUGGCGGAGCUGGGGGCCCCUCGUGUUUCAGCGGUGCUGGGUGUGGAGCACGAGCAGGUUUCCCUGGCUGCCUGCAACCUUCUGCACGUGAUGUUCGAUUCCCUGAAGGAGGGGCUGCAGAAGGAUUUCCGUGGCAAGGAGGAUGCGGUGGUGCUGGAUUCCUCUAAGGACCUGAAACUGCUGAUCAAUCACCUUCUGGAGCUGCUGGCACUGGAAGGGGCCUCUGCGCACGGCCGUGACAAUGCCCUCAACCUGCUCAUCAAGGUGGUGCCCAGGAAGUCGCCGAAGGAGACCAACAACAGCAUGAGCCUCUGGGUGAUCGACCAGGGCCUGAAGAAGAUCCUGGAGGUGGGAAGUACAGUGUGCGGCGCCCCGGGCAGCCUGCCCGUGACGGAGAACAGUCGGAUGAGCGCCUCGGUUCUGCUGAGCAAACUUUACGAUGACCUGAAAUGCGAUGCUGAGAGGGAGAACUUCCACCGCUUGUGUGAGGACUACGUGAGGAGCUGGUUCGAGGGCCACGAGCUGGCGGGGGAGCUGCGGGCCAUCCAGGCAGUGGCGUCCGCCGCAGAUGCCGGGAACAGGGUGCUGGAGCUGGAGGGGAUCAUGGACGGCGUGCUGUCCCUCUGCGCCUCCGUCUGCGAGGCCCACCAGCUGGUAGCGGUGGAGGCGCUGAUCCACGCUGCCGACAAGGCCAAGCGCGCGUCCUUCAUCACCACCAACGGCGUCAGCCUGCUGAAGGAGAUCUACAAGCACAGCGAGAGGGACAGCAUCCGCAUCCGGGCGCGUGGUGAGCAUGGCGGGACGGGAGAGCGGCUGUGCCCAGCCCUUGGCUGCGGGGCCUGGGGGUCCGGCCCGGUGGUGCUGGGUGGGCUCGAGCCCUGGCCUGUCCUCUCCAUCGCGGGUGUGAUGGGUGCCCCGUUAUCGCCGCAGUCGGAGGACAGGAGCGUGCUCUACGCUGUCGCCUCCACACUAGUGAACUGCACCAACAGCUAUGACCACGAGGAGCCAGACCCCCAGAUGCUGGAGCUGGCCAGGUACGCCAAGCAGCACAUUCCGGAGCAGCACCCCAAGGACAAGCCGGACUUCGUGAAGCGGCGGGUGCGGAAGCUGCUGACGGCUGGUGUGGUGUCGGCUCUGGCGUGCAUGGUGAAGAGCGAGAACCCGGCGCUCACCAACUCCUGCCGGGAGCUGAUCUCCAGGUACGGGGAGCUGGGUUCUGAGGCUCUCAUCCCACUGUCCCUGGAGGGCACCGAGGUGGGGCAGACCAAGGCAGCUCAGGCCCUGGCAAAGAUCACCAUCACCUCCAACCCGGAGAUGGCGUUCCCCGGAGAGCGGAUCUAUGAGGUGGUCCGGCCCCUGGUCAGCCUUCUGCACCUUCAGCGCACCGGCCUGGAGAACUUCGAGGGUCUGAUGGCGUUAACCAACCUGGCUGGCAUCAGCGAGAGGCUGCGGUAG